AUGGACCCGACCGACCCGACGACGACGCCAAAUGCGUUCCCGUUUGAUGAGCUCUGCGGCGACAACAUCCUGUACACGCCACCAGACGAAGAGUCCAAGGCGAGGCAGCGCGUCGCGCUCAAGGCGCCGGUGCUCAACAUCCACAAAGAGUAUGCGGCGAGUGGGAGCUACGAGCAGGCGCGCGCGACGAUCCAUGCGAUCAGCACCAAGUACGAGGCCAAGGUGCUGAGCAACAACGAGCGCUACCUUCGCGAGCAAAAGGCGUCGCAGUACAAGACCAAGUUUCUCGAAACCCGUAGGCUUGCGACGACCGGGCCACCGACGCUCAACACGAUGGCCGUGCUCAUCGAACGGCGACGACACCACGCCGAUGACAUGCUCAAGCACGAGAACGACGCCGACUUUCAAGCCCAAGAAAAGACGCGCACCAUUCAAACCGCCAUGUGUCGAAGCUACGGCUCCGGCAUGCUCGACCUCAAGGCGCUGCGCAUCGACCUGGUCCCGGACACGGUAUUUUCGACCUUUCUCUUGCAAAUGGCGCGCUUCAUCAAGGAGAUCAACAUCAGCCGCAACGAGUUUCGUGAGCUCUCGAGUGCCUUUUGUGCUGCAUUUCCGAGCUGCGAGUGGCUCAACGCUAGCGAAAAUAGCUUGAUCACGCUCUCGCACGACAUCGGCCGCUGGACCCGGCUUCAUACACUGCUUCUCGACUGCAACAAACUUGGCGGGCUGCCCGAGACGCUCCCAACCUCGCUGCAGCAUCUCUCGGUCCCGCGGAACCGACUCCGCACUGCGCCUUUCUUGCACCGGCUCGUCCAUCUCGUGACCUUGGACUUGAGCCACAAUCUUUUGGUGCAUCUGCCCAACGCCCUCUACGAACUGCACUUGCUUCGAACCUUGUCGUGUGCGAAAAACGAGCUGCUGUCGCUCGCGCUGCUGCCCAUGCCAGCGGCGCCUCGGCGUUUCAAUGGUCCUGCUUCUGACCCCGUAGCAACGUCAUCGGUCGCCGAUUGGUCCGAAUCAACGGACCCAGCAAGUGGUGCAGUUAUCUACUACAACAUCAAGACAAAAACAGUGACACGACAGCGCCCUGACGUCCUCGGGCCCGACCCGAACGCGAUACCAAAGCUACGUCUGCACCCGUCACCAAACCAGCAAUCCAUCGAACCAUCCGCCGACGCACCGUCGAUGAGCUUUCCAGGCGGCUGGGAGAUUCUACCUGGUGCGCGAACGUCGUAUCGCAACCACAGCACCCACGAAACCUUUACCUGUGUUCCGCCCGAGCUCGACCGCUACGACCGCUUCAUGCACAUCAAGCGUCUCAACGUCGCCAACAACAGUAUUGACGAGCUGCCCGUCUCACUCGGCCUCAUGCAUGCGCUUCAAGUGCUCAAUGUCGGACACAAUCGGCUCUGGACGCUGCCUGACGCCUUGUGUCAGCUUGCAAACCUUACGCAUCUCUUGGCGCCGGCCAAUUGCAUCACGAGCCUUCCGGACGGCUUUGUUCAUUUUCCGCUCUUGCAAGAACUGGACCUGAAACUCAACCGACUCGCGGGCCUGCCACCGGACAUUGGCAAGCUCGCGACGCUCACCGUGUUGGACGUGAGCAGCAAUCAUCUUGAGCGUGUGCCCGGGUCCCUGCUGCAGCUCCGGCAGCUUACGACACUUCGCCUCACGGGCAACCCGUCCUUGGUCGUUCCGUCGGCCGCAGCCCAGGCCAUGGGUCUGUCGUCGGUUUUUGCUGAAAUUCAAAACCAAAUCUACGUAGAGGCACGGGGGGCGCCCCCCGAACCCCACCAAGUCCAAGCGGGUAUCGUCGAUGAAUGCGUCACGACCGACGUGCAUGUCCAUAAGGAGAUCAUGGAGCUCAUUGCCGCAGCAAAGACGACCCAUGUACUCGACUGCCAUUGGCGCAACCUCACGACGCUGCCACCGCAACUGUUUGAGCUCUCGCAUCUGCAGGUACAAGUGUACCGAGCGCACGACGUUGGAGCCCACUUGUACCAGGAGCUGCGGCUCACGGGGCAUAAUCUCGGCAGCGUGCCCGCGCAAGUGGCUCUCUUACCAACUCUUCGUCUUCUCAACCUACGCCAGAACCGACUGGUCACGAUGAACGCCUCGUGCAUUCCGAGACCGUGUCCGUGGGAGGAGCUCGAUUUGGAAAACAACAGCCUCGCCUUCCUUCCCGACACGUUAGCGCAUGCGACCAAGCUGCGCGUGCUCCGGGUCGGGUGCAACCUGCUCACGGGUUUGCCGACUGCGAUGGACGGACUCUCGCAGCUGGAGCAGUGCCAUGCCCCACACAACCAUCUACAGAGCCUCCCGUCAAGCCUCGCGCAGCUGGCGUCCUUGCGGGUGCUUGACGUUUCCAACAACCGUCUUUCGACGCUCGAAGCGUUUGAUUUUGCGACGGCCGUCGGCCUGCGCGAGUUCAAGGCCAACCGCAAUUCGCUGUCGUCGUUGCCCGCUUCCAUUGCGAGUGCGUCCCUCCACGACCUUUCCUUGUCGGGCAACCGAUUUGAGCUCUUUCCACUGGUAGCCUGUGGGAUGCAGCAUCUGAAGCGGCUCUGGAUGCAGAGCAACAAGCUCCAAGAACUUCCCGUCGACUUUGGCAACCUGCAAACGCUCGAGAUGGUCGAGUUCGAAGGCAACCCGCUGCGGUCGCCGCCGCCGAGUGUCCUCGCCCAAGGCAUCCGCGACAUCCAAGUCUACCUACAGAAACGCGUCGAGCGUGUGCUGGAGCUCCAGUCGCUCCUAGAUGCCGUGCCGUACGGCUUUCAGCGCGACCACUUCGUACCCCGCACCCGCAACCUCUUGACGACGAACCUUGCGUUUCUGACGCCCGACGACCUCCGCGAAUUUGAAGACAAGGUCGACAAGUACGUCAACGGCGCAUUCUUUGAGGCGCCGUCCAUUCGAGGCGUCGAUUUGGUCCAGCAGCUUCAAGCGACGCAGCACGACCGGGCUCAAACCGCGCGCAGAGCCGUCCUCGAGGAUGUGCUCCAGCUCUGCCGCCUCAUCCAGACCAAACGGUGGCUCGACAAGGUGGAUUUUCGAUACGACCUCACGCGUCCGUGGGGGCUCCACGCGGAAGAGACGCCGUGCUUUAUGCUCAAUCCCACCGCGCUCUAUGACGACUGGGAAGACGUGCCGAGCAUUUUGCAUGUGAUUGAGAAGCGCGUCGGACGCGGCUUCACCGAAGAGGCUUUUCGACAUGCGCCCGACGUUGUCGUUGAUGCCCUCACGCACUACCAAGGCGUGUAUGGUCCUGUGGGCAUCGCGCACCACCGCGUGCCCUUCCGCUGCGGCUGCGAAGACAUGCUGCGCAAGGGCACGACCCACGAGCCGUGCUACAAGUUUGGCUGGGUCCUCGUCCAGUCGCUCACGUCCUACGAAGAGGCAGCACGUCGUGUCAAGGAGGACGCGCAGAUCGAGCAUGCGCUCAAGGAGGUCCGUGCACAAGUCCACAGCUUCCUCACUACCACGCGCGACGGCAAGGCGCGGCUGUUUAAAGAGGCAAAAAAACUCAAGGCCGAGCGAAAGGCGCGCAAGAAGCGCAUCACGAAGCAACUCCCGGGGCUUCGAAAAGCCAUCGGGCUGCGCAAAGCCGACGUGGUGGUCGCGACGCAAAAGAACGUCCUCGACAAGACGAUCGCGGGUGACGCGUGGACUGAUGAGAACGCCAAGGCGGCCGAGGCGCUCGUCAAGACGAUUGAGGAAGAUAUUGCGCAGCAGGAAGAGCAUAUCAAGGACAUGGAGGCGGUUGUCAAGACACUCAAGCACGAGCUCCGCCAGACCUUCAACCACUACGUCACUGAGAUCGUCGACAUGCUUUUGGGUACGACGGGCAAGGAGAUUCGAGAUCGCAUUGUGACCAAUCAGCGCAUCAAGGCGAUCCGGAAGCAGCUUCGACGGCCCUGGGACGCUGGCUUUGACGUCUUUCAAGCGCAAUACCUUGGCUUACCGCGCCCGCCAAGUCCGCGCAACAACAGCGAGCUCAGCGACGUGAUUGAAGACGAUCUGGACGCUGACGACUAUGACGGAAGUGCGUCCGAGGCCAUUUCGUCUGUUGUGUCGUCCGCCGAUGAAGCCGAUAACAAAGAUGACGCAGACACUAAGGGCGCACCCAAAGAAGUCGACGCGGCCGCCGACCCCAACGACUCGGACGACAGCGAUAUUUAAGCACAAACAAUGUGUCUACGUUGCUCCAUAGCCCAAACGGCAUGUACGGUUCGAACGUAAAUGUGCA